CGACGAGCUGAUGACCGUGCAGUCAGCAUUUGAAGACGUGCUGGCAUCGUCGUCCGAAGGCGCCGGCCUGCCCGCCGACAUGAGGCGGACAGAGACCGUGGUGCGGGAUCUGCGCCAAGUAGUGCGGUUCUCGACACUGCCAUCGAAGAACGAGCUUGAGUUCGAGUUCUCGGGCUUCAUCGACACGGCGCGCAAGGCGUCGGGCGACUUGACGCGCUUCAACAGCCGCAUUGGACGCGCCGUCGACCACAUCCUCAGCACAAACCGCUGGACGCUGCAAGUCAUCGAGGGGGUGACGGAGCGGGAAGAGAACCGCGGCGCGCUGGCGCGCAUCAUGGACAAUGCGCCGUGGCCGCUGGCAGCGCGGCAGACGCCGCGCGAGGCACUCGUAGACCAGUACCUACGGCACACGCGCGCGGUCGAGGAAGAGAUCGCGCAGCUGAUCAGCGAAGCGCAGGCGCUGCUGGGGAUUCUGGAGAAUCUCGACGAGCGGCUCGACGCUAUCCACGGCAUCGCGAUGCGCGAUGGGCUGAGCACGCAGGGGCGGCGCGAGGAGCUGUUCGCGCAGCUGUGGACGAAGCUGGGCGGCAAUCGCGCGCAGGCCGCCAAGCUCGAGGCCCAGCUGCGCCUGCUCAAGGACGUGCAUACGUAUCGCCAGACGGCGUGGGCGCACGUCAGCGCGACGGUCCUCAAGCUCGAGGCCAUUGCCGCGGGGCUCGAGGACUUGCGCGAGCGUGUCGCUGCGCCUGAGACGGCGGGCGAGGUGGCCCCGGACCUGCCCAUCACGCUGCAUAUUGAUAACAUUAUGCGCGGCGUGGAGCGCCUGGAGCAGCAGCGUGAUACGCAGCGGAGGAUCCAGCUCGAGGGCUACAGGCGCGUGUUGGAGCGCGGUGGCUCGGGAGACGAGCGCAUGAUUGAGGGGAAGAACGGGCACUGAGUGCUGUUGGAUUUGGAUGAGGAACAUGAAAUUUUUGUAUACCUUUUCUUUAUACCCGUCGAUUAUUGCUAUAGGUAGGAACGCUGUCUCUUCUUGUCUGGCCGCGGAGCCG